GAUGUGGUGUAAUAUUUCACGGCAAAUGAUGUGUGAGCAAUAGGUAUUAAAUCUUGUGCAUUAAUUGUGGAGUAUGAAAUAUAGCUCAUGUAAUAAAUGUAAGAAAAAUGGCCAUUUUCCACGACGAAAUUGGGCAUGCAGGAUGUCAAAUGAAAGCUCAGAGACUGUAGUUUCGGGAUGUGGUGUAAUAUUUCACGGCAAAUGGUGUAUGGGCCAUAUGUAUCAAAUCUAGUGCAUAAAUUGUGGAAUAUGAAAUAUAGCUCAUGUAAAUUAAAUCUAUGAAAAAGGGCCACCAGGGUCACCAGAAAAAAAGGCUUUUAUUUGUCUGUGAGGAGUAGCCUACAUGUUCGUCUGCUACUAGGCAAAUGCCAGUGUCAUCGCGUAUUUGCAGUCAGCACUGCCCCCUGUCGGUAGAAAAUUGCAAUAUUUAAGGUGGAAUGGAAACUUGACUACACCGCAUUCUGAAUGUGCGGCCAACUUCAGCUUCCAAAAACACUGCAUUGCACUUUGAAAAGGCACAAGUGCUAUGAUAACGCAUAGUUUGCAUAUCUCGGGCAUAAAACCUAGCCUAUAUUGUAUGCCUUUAAUUAGAGGCGCAUUUACAAGAAAAAAGUCUGUUUGCUUUCAUGGAGGAGCACUGCAGGUGCACAAGUCCACGUGCCGAGUGCAACCAUCAUCACCGUCGGACCUCUUGGAAGAAGUGUUUACGGACGACAAUUUUCUUCAGAGCCCCCUGCGGACAGAUAGCUUCUCACUGCCAAAUGCCAGAAAUGCCUCAGAAGAUAUGCUGGAGAAAAGACUUGUGGUCCUAAGAGGUAUACUGAAUAGUGAACAGCUUUACCUGAAUGAACUGGAGACACUGUUGAUGCCCAUGAAGGCCCUCAAAGCCACAGCAGGGACCUCCCAGCCAGUCCUGUCCUGCCAGGACAUCCAGACGGUGUUCUUCCAGGUGCCAGAGCUGCUGGUCCUCCACAAGGACUUCUACCAGGGCCUCAAGGCCCGGCUGGAAGGGGCCGUGGAGCAGGACGAGGACCUGGGGAGCGAGCUGCACCAGGGGGCCUACCAGUUUUCUGUGGGAGACCUCUUCCAGAAGUUGGUUAGCCAGCUAGCGACCUACCGCGGCUUCAUCGAUAAUUAUGAGAGUGCUGUGGAGAUAGUGCGGUGCUGUACGCAGACUGACCAGAGGUUUAGAACACUUGCUGAGAGCAUGAAAUCAGGGAAAGGAUCGGACAACUCUCAGACAGAAUACACGUUUGAAGCACUCCUGUAUAAACCUCUGGACCGUGUGACCAAGACCACUCUUGUAUUACAUGACCUGCUGAGUCACACUCCUCCUGAUCACCAUGACAACGCCCUCCUCCAAGAGGCUCUUCGGAUCUCCAGUAGCUUCCUGUCGGGGCUCAAUGAGACGUCUCAGUGCAAGAAAGCCGUCACUCUGUCCAAGGGCAUGAGGCGGCAGCUGAUGCACGAUGGAUUUGUGGUGUGUGCGUCUGAGCAUGGGCCCAGCCUGCGUCAUCUCUUUCUCUACACAGACCUGCUGUUAUGCGUCAAACUCAGAGGCUAUACAUUAGGGAGGCAGACUCAGUACAGGUACAGCUGGCACAUGCCCUUGUUUGGGCUGCGCGUGCACUGGGCAGGAGAAGGGGACCACCCGCCAGAGCUCAAGCAGCGCAUCAGCUGCAUGAAGGCCAAGAUGUACCAGCUCAGAGAGGCUCUCGCACAGCAAACGGGUUAUCAGAAAAAGGGAUUGCAUUCACGUUUCAUGGAUCGUAUUCAGAGGAAGCUCCAGGAGUGUGAACUUUGGUUGCUCACACACUCACCAAGCCUGACCUUGGAGUUGCACAGCACCAGCGGCAGGAGUCACACUCUGCUGAUGUCGUCUCUUCAUCAGCUGGAGGAGUGGAGGGAAGCCAUUAACAAACUCAUAGGAGAGAACACAGACACAGUUCCCCCAGAUUUGCUCACUCUCACCAACUCCUGUGUCAAGCUCAGAAUGACCCAACAGCCGCACCUAGAAAGCCUGCAUUAUGGUAAUGCAGUCCGGUCUCUGUGUGGCACUCUCAGUGUGGUCAUCCACUCAUGCAGUGGUCUGCAGCAGCCAGCUUGUGUGUGGGUGUGUGUGGAGGUAGACGGCUUUGAGUUCUAUAGCAACAGAGCUCAGACUCACUCCUCACUCAACAGCCUCAACCCCCAGUGGAACCAGGAGAUCUCCUUUCAGGUAGAUGGAGCAAAGAAUCUAAGGGUAGUGUGUGUUACCCCAUCGGAAAAUGGUAAAGAGGACAGGGUGACGGGUCGUGGCUCACUGAAGCUUGACCCUGCCAUCACCAAAAAGUGGAAGAAACUGAACCUGCCCAUGGGCCAGCUGGAACUCAGCCUGUCAAUUAUGUACUCGCCCCAUCCCCUGGACCCACCAAGCUCCACCCUCCCCCAGCAGCUGCCAGUGUUCUCCAUUCCGAUUGAAGUGGUGGCUCAGCAGGAGGGUGUGCUGGUGCCCCAGGUGGUGCGCUCCUGUGCGGAGGAGGUGGAGAGGAGGGGCCUGCAGGAGGAGGGCAUCUACAGAACCUCCGGCUCCGCCAAGGACAUCCAGCUCCUCAAACACACAUUUGACACAAACCUGGGUGAGGCUCUGAAAUGUGUGAGGUCAGCUGAGGUCAAUGUGGUGUCCGGGACGCUGAAGCUUUACUUCAGAGAUCUGCCGGAACCACUGUUCCCUGUUGACCAUUAUCAUAGUCUAAAGAAAGCUCUAGAUCUUCCUGACUUGAGCUCCAAGCAAAGCACUCUGCAGAACAUCCUGGAGUCGUGCCCGGAUGCCAACCGUAACACCCUCCUCUACCUCUUCCACCACCUUAGGAGGGUGGCUGAACGGGUGGAUGUGAAUAAGAUGUCCAUAAUGAAUUUGGCCACGGUGUUUGGGCCAAGUCUCUUGCGCCCCCCUGUGUCACGAGUGGACAUCUCAGAGGAGGUGGUGGUACAGGUGCAAGUGGUUUUUUUUACCUGCAGUGUAAUGACCUGCCCACUCCUCUCACCUCUCUACCAGUGGAUACAGAGAAUGAAGAGGAAACCAUUAUGUGAACUACAUUUCCCAGAAUUCUUUGAGGUUGAAUGUUAAACGUUAUGGCAUGUACAGUACCUGUAUUUAUUGAUAACCGCCCAAUAAUGCACCAAAAUCGGUCAAGACUACAUUCAUGUAUAUCUGUAAACCUAGAAUGUCUAUUGUAAAUUAGUUAUUAAACAUGUUUAUUAAUUAAA